CUAACCUUCUUCCAUCAAUCCCUAAUAUUUCGCCAAUUCCUUUUAAAAUCUCCAAACAGUACACAGAAAUAUCCCAUGAUUUCCACAAGGGUAUAUCCUCUGGCUCUGACCUCCGAUUGUGGGAUUCCCCGUUCAUCCACAUCCAGAGCAUCAAAGAACUUGAACUUAUUGAAAGGUGGAAUUCAGCAUCCAACCAAGGGGUUUUCUUUUAGGUCUCUCAUUCCGUUGAACCGUAAAGCAUCCUUCUCUACUGAAUGGGAUGGUAGAACUAGACAUGCUUUGCUAUCAGGUCAAGGCGAUUCUUCUCCAUCUCAUCUCAAUGGAUCAAUAGUUAGUGAGCUGGCCACUGGAACCGAGAUACAACCAGAUUUUGGAGCACUUGUGCCAGAUCUCAUCCCUACACCAAGUGGCUUUCCAGCUCAUGUUGAUGAAUAUGAUUUGGACUGUCCCACAGAAGGGUUUUCAUCAAUCCCUGAUGCCAUUGACGACAUUCGUCAGGGGAAGAUGGUACUUGUUGUGGAUGAUGAGAGCAGAGAAAAUGAAGGAGAUCUUAUAAUUGCUGCAUCUAAAGUUACACCAGAAGUAAUGGCCUUUAUUGUAAGACAUGGGACUGGAAUUGUGUGUGUGAGUAUGGUGGAGGAAGACUUGGAGAGGUUACAGAUUCCCUUGAUGGUAAAUCACAAGGAUAAUGAGGAGAAACUUCGUACUGCAUUCACGGUUUCAGUGGAUGCAAAACAUGGAACAACUACCGGAGUGUCAGCUCAUGAUAGAGCAACAACAAUAUUGGCUCUUGCAUCAAAAGGUUCUGUGCCUCAGGAUUUCAACCGACCUGGUCAUAUAUUUCCUCUGAAGUACCAAAAAGGUGGGGUCCUGAAAAGAGCUGGGCAUACAGAAGCUGCUGUUGAUCUUGCAAUGCUAGCUGGGUUAGAACCUGUUGGCGUUCUGUGUGAGGUUGUGGAUGAUGAUGGUUCUAUGGCUAGGUUACCUAAGCUUCAACAAUUUGUACAGACUAAUGGAAUAAAAAUUAUAUCUAUUGCUGAUUUAAUCAGAUAUAGGAGAAAAAGGGACAAAUUAGUGGAACAUUCUUCUGCUGCAAAGAUACCGACCAUGUGGGGCCCAUUCACUGCCCACUGUUACAAAUCAAUCAUAGAUGGGAUUGAACACAUUGCAAUGGUCAAGGGUGAGAUCGGGAACGGGCAAGAUAUUCUUGUUCGGGUUCACUCAGAGUGCCUCACUGGGGACAUAUUUGGCUCAGCUAGAUGCGAUUGUGGAAACCAGUUGGCACUUGCAAUGCAACAGAUUGAGGCAGCUGGAAGGGGUGUUUUGGUUUACCUCCGUGGUCACGAAGGAAGAGGAAUCGGGCUGGGCCACAAACUUCGGGCCUACAAUUUGCAGGAUGCAGGGCGUGACACGGUUGAAGCAAACGAAGAACUUGGUUUACCGGUUGAUUCAAGGGAAUAUGGAAUUGGUGCCCAGAUACUAAGGGAUCUCGGAGUAAGGACGAUGAAGCUGAUGACAAAUAACCCUGCAAAAUAUGUUGGGUUGAAGGGGUAUGGUUUGGCAGUUGUAGGAAGGGUACCCCUACUCAGUCCCAUCACAAUACACAACAAAAGAUACCUGGAAACAAAGCGCGCCAAAAUGGGACACAUCUAUGGUUUGAACUUCAAAGAAGAGCCCGUGACGAACCCGACCAUCACAGAAGGCAAAGCAGCGUCGUAGGGGGGGGGGGGGGGGGUNAUCUUUCGACGCGACGAUCCAUGCAGAAUGCACGAAGAAUCGGCAAACCUGUUUGGUUCAUAGCCGAAAGACAUCAACUUAACUGCCUUUUUUACACCCCUAAGUAGUUGAGGGCACACUUCAUCAAGUACUCCGUAUAACUUUCAUGUAAAAGCAAAUGGUUACCAUUAAAAGUACUUGGUCAGUUAUACCAAACAUGUCUUAAAAGUAACAUUUAGGUCAUAUU